CAAACCUCUGGGAUAUGUCAGUGUAACCUUCCGCCUGCGGUAGAUGUGCUGAGGCUGGAGUAGCCACCAUUUUGCAUGUCUAGUGUGUUCCUCCCUCCAUUGCUAAUAGAGACGAUUCCAGUCAUUUUCUGGCAUCACUACGGCUAAGAAUGCCAGCUCCGAUCAGACUGCGGGAGCUGAUCCGGACUAUCCGGACAGCACGGACCCAGGCAGAGGAGCGUGAGAUGAUCCAGAAAGAGUGCGCUGCUAUCCGCUCGUCUUUUAGAGAGGAAGACAAUACAUACCGGUGCAGAAAUGUGGCAAAGCUCCUUUAUAUGCACAUGUUGGGCUACCCGGCACACUUUGGGCAGCUGGAGUGCCUGAAGCUGAUUGCGUCCCAGAAGUUCACUGACAAACGGAUAGGUUAUUUGGGAGCUAUGCUGCUGCUGGAUGAGAGGCAGGACGUCCACCUACUAAUGACAAACUGCAUUAAGAAUGACUUGAAUCACAGCACACAGUACGUGCAGGGUCUGGCCCUGUGCACCCUGGGCUGCAUGGGUUCUUCAGAAAUGUGUCGUGACCUGGCAGGGGAGGUCGAGAAGCUACUCAAAACAUCAAACUCCUACCUGAGGAAAAAAGCGGCGUUGUGUGCAGUUCAUGUCAUCAGGAAGGUUCCAGAACUCAUGGAAAUGUUCCUUCCAGCCACAAAAAACCUGCUGAGCGAGAAGAAUCAUGGUGUUCUCCAUACAUCAGUUGUCCUCCUCACUGAAAUGUGUGAAAGAAGUCCUGACAUGCUGGCCCACUUCAGAAAGCUGGUUCCACAGUUGGUGAGAAUCCUGAAGAACCUAAUCAUGUCUGGAUACUCUCCUGAGCAUGAUGUGUCAGGCAUCAGCGACCCUUUCCUGCAGGUGCGGAUAUUGAGACUACUGCGGAUUCUAGGCAAGAGUGACGACGAUUCCAGUGAAGCAAUGAAUGACAUUCUUGCACAGGUUGCAACAAACACAGAGACAAGUAAAAAUGUAGGCAAUGCAAUCCUGUAUGAGACUGUACUGACAAUAAUGGACAUCAAGUCUGAAAGUGGACUGAGGGUGUUGGCUAUUAACAUACUAGGUCGCUUCCUUCUUAACAAUGACAAAAAUAUAAGAUACGUGGCAUUGACAUCCCUACUAAAGACGGUACAGACAGACCACAACGCAGUCCAGAGGCAUCGGAGCACCAUCGUGGAUUGUUUAAAAGACCUGGACGUGUCCAUCAAGAGACGUGCAAUGGAGCUGAGCUUCGCCCUAGUGAACGGCAACAACAUCCGAGGCAUGAUGAAGGAGCUGCUCUACUUCUUGGACUCCUGUGACCCGGAAUUCAAAGCAGACUGUGCAUCAGGAGUCUUUCUAGCUGCAGAGAAGUACGCCCCAUCAAAAAGAUGGCACAUAGACACCAUCAUGAGAGUCCUGACAACAGCGGGGAGCUACGUGCGAGAUGAUUCUGUCCCCAACCUCAUCCAGCUCAUCACCAACAGUGUGGAGAUGCAUGCCUACACAGUACAGAGACUCUACAAAGCACUGCUGGACGACAUCUCACAGCAACCUCUAGUGCAGGUGGCGUCCUGGUGCAUAGGAGAGUACGGGGACCUGCUUGUAUCUGGACAGUGUGAGGAGGAGGAGCCCAUUCAGGUGACUGAGGAUGAAGUUCUGGAUGUGCUGGAGGGCCUCCUGGUGUCCAACCUGUCCACACCUGUGACCCGGGGUUACGCCCUGACUGCCAUCAUGAAGCUGUCCACUCGCUUCAGCAGUGUUAACCGGAUCAAGAAGGUGGUCUCGAUAUAUGGCAGCAGCAUCGACGUGGAGCUGCAGCAGAGAGCUGUGGAGUACAACGCACUGUUCAAGAAAUACGACCACAUGAGGCCAGCUCUCCUUGAGCGAAUGCCCAUCAUGGAGAAAACUGCUACUAACGGUCCCACAGAGAUUGUUCAGACAAAUGGGGAGACAGAGCCCUCUGCUGUGGAACCAAAACAUCCACCACCUGUCACCCAGCCAGCCAACCAGGCUAAUGAUUUGUUAGACUUGCUGGGUGGUAACGAUGUGGUGCCAGUAAUCCAGACCACAAUGCCCACCAAGCCGGCCUCAGCUGGAGGAGAGCUGCUCGACCUGCUGGGUGAUCUGUCGCUAAGUGGUGGUUCAGCCCCUGCUCCUGCUCCCUCUGUGCCCACCUCCCAACCCUCUUUCCUCCUGGAUGGCCUCUCCUCACAGCCCCUGUUUAAUGACAUUGCAGCUGCAGGUAUUCCUCCUAUGACAGCGUACAACAAGAAUGGCCUGAAAAUAGACUUCACCUUUGAGAGAGCUAAUCCCAAUCCAAACAUCGCAGUCAUCACCAUCCACGCUUCCAACUCCACAGAAGCAGAGAUGACAGACUUUGUUUUUCAGGCUGCAGUACCAAAGACAUUCCAGCUGCAGCUCCUCUCCCCCAGCAGUAAUGUUGUCCCAGCACUCAACCAGGGAACCGUCACACAGGUCAUCAGAGUCCUCAACCCACAGAAGCAACAGCUACGAAUGAGGAUCAAGCUGACGUACACCCACAAAGGCUCGCCCGUGCAAGACCUGGCUGAGGUCAAUAACUUCCCCCCUCAGUCCUGGCAGUGAUGAGCCGCUCCUGUUGCUCUUAAACGCCCCCACCAAGGGAACUAUGAAAACGAUUUUUCCUUUCACCUCCCUCCUUUCUUCCAAUGGAUCCCCCUGUGACACCACUGCAGAUGGCUGCCCUCGAGUUGCAUGGGAAGCAGCAGAGCAUCCAACACAGGAGAAAAUACAGAUGUUACCAAGACCCUGUUGACUAUCAACACCACCAGAAUAAUUGGGAAAACAUAUCAAAGAACUUUCUCUUUUCUUUCUUAAUUGGUUUCCAUGACCUCUUUGCUUAGUCGUACUAUUUUCCACACACAGCCACAGAAGCACAUAUGCACAUGAUUCACUGUGGUACACUCUACCACUGUAAGGCACUGUAGAGAACAAGUGUUGCCCACUACGAGCGAUGCAGUAACCAUAGUCUGAUUUUAAUUUGUGAUUAAACUAUAAACGCUAUAAAUGCUCCGGUCAUGAUUGGCUCUGCAUUCAGACUUUUUCUAUGAACCUACUUACCUGUUUUUGACCCUUCAUAUCAUGAGUGAUAUAACUUGUCAGAGAGUUGUAUUCAUGUUUGAAUUACAUUAAUUUGCUUAAAGCAUGUUUGAGCAUUGUUAGGAUCACAGUCACACCUGGACUCGAGGGAGGAGGGAGGAGGAGUGGGGAGGAGGGGGGACCCUGGUUCUGGUAGUAGAUCUCUGUAUCCUAUGUUUCUAUAGGAGAGUGAUGAGAGCAUGAACAGAUCAGAGAUGCCCCGUUUAAGAACGAGCUCAGACUUUCCCACACAGCUCCUCUAACAUCACCUCACCUGUAGCUUUAGUUUUAGACGUAUAUAUUAAAUUCAGCGGUUACUUGCUUUGCGUAGUUUGAGGAUGUUCAUUCAUUCAUGAGGAUGGAUUUAAUCCAAGCCUGAAAUCUAUCUGAAGACAAGUGGAUUGCAUUUGUGUUGGGUAUCUAUGUUUAAACCUUUCCUGCAUCUGUGUCCUCACAGUCGAGCUUGCAGAUUAGCUAUAUUUCAGAUUUGUUAAACCUGGUUGAACUUAGUCACCAUGCACAUACAUGUAAAUGAAGCUUGUUAUGAAUGUAGUUACAUGCACUGAAUGCUUUUUGUUUGUUUCUUUCCCUCAAGUCUUCUUGUCUUCUGUGAUGGGGACGCUCAUCUUAUUGGCACUAUUUUUGUGAAACGAUGUUUUCUUUCUGCAGUAAUUUGACUUCAUUAUUUAUGCCUGAUAUCAAAGUGAUGUGCCUUUCUGACUUAGCUAGAUAAAAGCCCCUGAACUGUUGAGUUCUGUAUGAGCUUUGUUUGUAAGUCUGCCUGUGUGCUGAUCGUGUUUUCAGCCUGAGAGAAAAGCUCCUGAUGGAUCUGAAUCGGUAUAUCACUUCAAACUUUUCCACCUCUGUAUCUCAUGAUGAGUUAAAACCAGUCACCCACUAAUUCUGACCUGCCCUGACGUCAUCCACAGCCACUGUCUUUGACUGAAAACAUCAGUUACAGCUACACAGUCCUGCUGGUUUUCCCCUGUGCUGUGUGGCAGACUCUCAGUAAAAGCGCCUGUUGGAUGUUGUUAAUAACAAAGCAGAUCUCAAAGACUAUGGCAGCUAAUAGAUGUAAACCUUUCAUAAGCUGGCAUCAAGGUUUCAAAGGUUUUUAAACAGUAGAACUGUUCUCCCCUCCAUCCCCCCAUCAUCAGACAUGAAGUGAGUCGGGGUCUCGUGGUCUCGUGGUGAGGUACUGGGACGGGUCGUUCUGUGGCGACUGUUAUAGUCUGAUUUCCUGGCUCUCGUGUUGUGACCGUGCUGUUGGGGACAGUAACCUUAAUACCUCACAAUGUUCUCUCUUUGCGUUAACUUUCAGUGGCAGUAGAUCCACAGCUUUGUUUAGUUGUUUGUUGAAUUGCAAUCAAGGGGAGCAUCUGCAUGAGAGUUGACGGAAGUUUGUACGUCUCAUUACUUAUGGAGCUGAGCAGCCGCUGCAAUGCUGCGUUCACAUCCUCAGAUGUUCAAUCAGGCUGUAUACUUCUUUUCACUAUGCUUCACUAUCUUCUAACUUCUGUGACCAAAUCAGAGAGACUAUUAGCUUUGGAAAUAUUUUUGAGCUAUGAUAUGUGUAUAUGGAGAAAAUAAUUUCAGUUUUUUCUGUUGUUGACAAAUGCUAUAUUGGCUUUUUUCUGUACAUAUUGAGGGCUUUUACAAUUUUGUCUCUUGUACUAUCUUUCAUCCUUUUUUUAGAUACCAUUUUCUAAAACUUCCAAUUAUUCACAAUGUAUAUUGUCUAAAUAGAUGUAGUCGACAUCAGUCUAUUCAGACUUCCCUGUAUCAUCACUCACUCAUUGUAAAAGAUAUAUGAUCUGCUGCCUGUACAUUGUAUAUAGUUGUAAAACAAACAAGAGCUGAUCAAAUUAAAUAAAACCCACAUGAAGACUUAAAAGAUUAGCUAGGAGGUAUAAUUGUAUGCAUAUAUGUACAAAACAGAAUCUUAAAACAAUGCAACUGAGCUGCAUUUGAUUUACUCUUCAUCACACGUCAUGAUCAGAUGUGUCGUGUUGUUUUACAGAGAUAGUUGGUGAGUCAGUCGGCUUCUUGUUGAGAGAAGGGUUGAGUCUGUUUUAACAGAUGCUGUACUACUGAGAAACUGAAGCACAGUGCUGGCGCCUUACUUCAUCUUGCCCCCUCGAACGCCUCACGUAUCCACGCCCUCCUCCUCUCCAAAGAGGAGCAGGUGGAGCUCUUCCUCCUGGCCUUAUGUUUGGUUCGGUCUUCUUGGCAGUUACUUAAACUGUCUUGAUGCCCCUUGGACUCGGCGUGUUCGCUCUGUAAUCAGGUUGCCUGGUUACCUUUUUGUCUGCCAUGUAGCACCUUCUUUAAAAGCAUCAUGUCUCAACCAAGCAAGGCCUCUACUGAUGCCACACUCGACCUUAUUUCUCCCCUUUAGGCCAGUAGGUUUACACCGGAGCAGAGUUUUAUCGAGACCAGAGCCGAUUGAAGUUUUCUGUGUGAACAGUGGUUCCAGAUGUUGUUUGUUGGAGCAGCAGUGUCCUUCCCUGGGUCUGAACAGUGCAGGGCUUUGUUUCGGCUUCUUGUCUUUACUUUUAUCCCUCAUCGCUGAUGUUAUGUGCCUCUGCAUGGCACACCUCUCAGCCUCUGUCUGUAUCUGGCAGGACAUGAGGGAUCAAUGAAUCCUUGUUUCUGUUAGGAAGUGUCUUGGUUUGUGUUUUCUUACGGAGCGCUGCUUUAACCAUCCCCAAGACAAAGGUGGGGGCGAGCCUGUGCUACGAGCUAAUAACCACAAGGGGGAGCUGUGCAAAAUGGAAGGCGGACGGGAUGGGAAAGGAAGUUUCAUACAUCUAUUCCUGAAUGUUUUUGUUGGUGUUGUUUGUAUUGUCUUAUUCAACCAGUAUGUACCCUUGUUAAUCACAUCUGAUCAGUUCUUUGGAUGAGACCGUAACUCAUGCAGUUUUAAAUGUACAAAUGGAAAUAAACCCAACAUAAGUGCUUUGGACAGUGUAACUUAAAAAGGAAGAAAAGAAACAGAAACAAAAACCCAUCAGCGGUGUGAUCAGCGUCUGAAGUUAUAUUUGUGUGUGUCAGUGUGUGAGUGUGUGAGAGAGACCGAGAGAAAUAAUCAUGCUUGAGAGACGGCGUGUGAUAUGUCUUUUAUCUAGAUAGGACAUAUUGAUUUUUUUGGCUGCAAUUUCAACUCUCAGCUUCUCUGAGCUGCAUGUGAAAACCAGUGUAAAUAAUGUCAUUUCUACUCUGACCUGAGAUUCUUUUUGAAAUGCAAGAAAAGCUCAAAUGAUAAAAAUCUGUCACAGCCACCUUCAUUGGUCAGGACUAACAUGUACAAUAGGAAGUCAUUCAGAUAGUGCUCACAAUACUGUUAGUGUUUUUAAGAGGGUGUUGAAAGUGCACAUCCGUCAUUUGGAUUAAUUGGAUAAUUGAUUUCUGUUCUGUUUUGUUUUAUUUGUCGGGGUGAAUUCAGCGUGUAAAGGGCUUGGAAGAGGAUCUGAAUUAUCACCAUGUUCACUCUCCCUGUUUAAUCAGAAAAUGCAUCCAUUGUAUUUUGAAAACUAAAUCUGUUUGUAACCCCCCGCCCGGGCCUGUCCUGACUGUAAAACAAUAUGGUAUGAUUUGUUUUUUGGGGGGAGGGUGGAGGCAUGAGGUUCACUUUUUCCAGUCAGGUUUGACAUGUUGGAGCUGAACACCUCAGCUCCACAGCUUCAAGGUGAGUGUGAAUGUCAGACUGAAAGUAUGAAAUGAUGAUUAAAGAUGAGAAGUUGUAAACUAUUAAAUGGGAUAUUUUCAAUUUAUGCUGUGUAUUCUUGUCUUUGGGUUGGAGAAAAUGAUCAAGCGAAUAAAAAGUCAAAUAAAAAUCUA